GAAAGGGGGGGGGGAAUAAGAGAAGAAGAAGACGGAACCUAGCAGUUUCUAGAACAAAUGUUUCCGUCCGACGUUAUUUUGAGUGAAGACUCGUGUAAUUUCUGUUGAUUGCUCUUCACAUUUACGGCUUAACCCUGGAUAACUCAAUGGCUACCCCUGGUCCAAAUAAGGACAACAUCAGAGCUGGGUGCAAGAAAUGUGGAUAUCCGGGCCACUUGACCUUUGAGUGCCGAAACUUUGUCAGAGUUGACCCCCAGAAAGACAUUGUUCUGGAUGUAAGCAGCACCAGCAGUGAGGAGAGUGAAGAUGACGAACCUGCACCUCAGCGCAAUGAGAAGCUGGGGCGAAGUAGAGGUUCCCAUGGCGAUGACAACAAUGGUAGAAAAGAGAGACACAAACGGAAGAAGAGCAGCGACAGAAAGUCAAGAAAGAGAUCUAAGUCGUCGAGUGAUGAGAAUACAAAGAAGAAAAAGAAACGCAGAAGUUCUGACUCCUCAUCUGACGAAGAGGAGAGGAGAAAGAAGAAGAAAGUAAAAAGCCAAAAGAAGAAAAGCAAAAAGAACAAAAGGGAACAUGGGAAGCAUCACAAGAGACAGAAGAAGAGGAAACAAGAAUCCUCCUCCCCUUCUUCUUCCAGCUCCAGUGAAUCCUCAGACAUCAGUGACUGAGACAGCUGAACUAUGCAGUGUCUGGAGGUCCAAUAUGUUUAUUCUCCAGUCCAUGAAAAGUUUAAAUAAGGCACCUCAUCUUGUUCCAUACAAGUGUAUGUUACUGAGACCAGAAUUUAAAUGAUUAAUUAGUGCAAAAACACUAUAGAGUGCAUUGUACACUGCAUAUCACAUCAUGCAAAUGAAACAAAUGUGUUUGGGGUUCUCUGAAGCAUUUUGGAAAACAUACAGACCCAGGAAACAUGUUCUGAUAGCGUUUCUUUGUCCUUCCGGACCCACUGUCAUUUCACAUUUGACAGUGAAAUAUGUAUCACGUUAAGUCUCCUGUCAUACAUAUUGCUGAACAUGUGUUUGAGGUUUUCAAGUCCAAUCAAGAAAUGUAGUUCAGGAAAAAAAAAAACUGGAUAUCUUUAGUAAUAAGUUUCUGCAUGCGGUCCUUUUGUCUUUGUUCUUUUAUAUGACUUUUUUGCUUCACUACUUCUUUGAAAUUGUACCCAAAAAUAUUUUUAAAGGUCAACUAUGAAUGCCAAACCUCAUUCAACAUGAUUCGAAUGGCUAAGGGUAACAAUGAUAAUACGAACAAUUAUCAACCCAUUCUUUUUGUCAGUGCUGACAAGUCAGCAGCAGUUGAACUACUGGCUAAAAUCAAAAAACAAAAA